AUGGACAAUGGAAUUGAGAAAAAGCAAGCAAUCUUACCACCGAACUGUGUGGCGCUUCAGCCGUUUAUCGCCAAACUCGGUGAGUAAAAGCUUGUUUCAAUUUGUAUUUUUCUUUGAUACUUGUCACUACUGUCGUAAUUUAUCUUUGGUAGAGCAAAAACACGUCCUCGAGCGUGUCGCACUAAGCUGUAAACAUCGACGGUCUAAAACAAUGACGAUGAUAUUAAACAACAACAUUAUUAUUUUACGUAGCUAGUGGUAUGGUAAGGCUAUUAUUUUAUCUUCCUUGUCCCCUAUAUGAGUAGUAUCAACCUUUUCACUACUUUCACACUGACCAUAAUGCACCUUAUUUACCCCCCCCCCCCCAAAAAAAAAAAAAAAAAAAAAUUGCAUGACCCUUGUUUUCAAUUUCUUCUGGGUAUUACAUUCGUCCCAAGAGAAAUCCAAGACAAUAGUUAUGCAAAAUAUUGGGGGGUAAACAAGGUGCAUUAUGAUCUAUGUGAAAAUGGUGAAUGUCUGAACUACAGCUGACCACAGGCAUAGACAGCUGAACACUCAUGCACAAUAAGGUGGGCCUGAAUGACGUACAUGUUUUAUACAUGUACUUCAGGCACACCUUUAUGAUCUAUGUCAUGUAAUGUUACCACACUUAGCCGUCACCUUUAAUAGAGUAAUGACCUUAAGGUAGCCCGAACCUAUUUAUAUGCCUGUUGGUUAUGUUUUUGAAUUGCAUUUUUCGGCAGGAAGGAUUUAACUGAUUUCUAUGAUUUUUGGCAUCCUUAAGAGUGAGUCUCCCUAAAACCGGUCCACUGCGUUUCGGGUCGGAAAAUCAAUUUCCUUUAAACUUUGCCCAUGAAUAUAUCUUAGUCCAAAAGUAAUUGAAACCGCAUUAGUUUUUGAAAAUAUUUCAAAAUAAAAUUUUUCGGGAGGAAAAUCACUUCAGCACUCGGCGGCCAAAUAUUUGCGGUGACAAAGAGUAAAAAUAGCGCAUAUUGCCGAGUUCACCACUUCAAAGUUUUGCACUUUCAACGAUUUUUUUCACUUCCUAGGACUAAAUUGGUCCUUAAAUGAUGUAAUGGACACAAUUUUGGCCCUUCAAAAACAACUCGUGUCUACUAAAUAUAUUUUGAUUUACACCCACUUUGCUGUACGCAGGAAAUGACUCAAAAAUGCAUAUUUUCAUCCUAGCACUGUGCAAAAUCCCUACAUCUUCUAAACAAAAUGUCUUUUCAGACCAACAAAGGGAAUGUCCAAAAACAUAGAAACAUAAAAAUAUGUUGUGAUUUUAACGAUUUAUCAGCACACUCGAUCGACGAAAUAUGCCUAUUUUCUGUUAUGACUGUUUACAAUACAUGAUGGAAGGUCUUAAUGCAAAACCCGAAUAACACAAUAAUUCAUCAAAUGUAUCAAGUAUUUUAAACUUUUUGUGACUUUUGACACAAUAGAACAUCAUGCAGGAAAGGAAAGCCUUUAAGCCGAACGCAUUAAUACUACAGGUGUACCUGUUUACAGCGCUUGAUCCGAUCGGACUCGUCUUCGCUGUGUACACAAAACUGAUAUCACAUGAUGGCGCCUGUCACGCAUUCCUACAUCGGGAAUCGUUACGCCGCGAAAACACUUUUUGCUAGUCUGACUAAAAUUGAAAGGCAGGAAAUUAUCUUAUCAAUAGAGUAGUCUAUUAUAUUUAUUGCUGUUUUCGUUGACAAGCUACAAAAUCAAGAAUCAUGCAUGCAUAAGAACCUAUAGUGCGUAAACAACCCGGGGGGGGGGGGGGGGGAGUUUGCUGGGUAUGUAUGUAUGUAUGUACGUGCCGCUGCCCUCUCAGAGCCCCUACCCCAUUAUAGUCUAUUCUGUGGCCAAUCAAUUAUAGACCCCAUCUUAGCCACUUUUGGGCAAAUAUGUAAUUUUUCGCGAUCCCAAAUUAGGCACUCUCUAUUUUUAUGAAUUGACCCAUUUUUUAGAAUAAAGAACACUUCACCUUUCAUCUACAGUACAAACAUUCUGGUACGUUUGCUAACCGCAAAUAUGAAGAACUGUCUUACCUCAAAAAAUCCGAAAAUGUGCCACCCCAUUCUAGUAACUCUAUUGAAAAUGCGACCCCAUUAUAGUUGAUCCAGUCGUGAAAAUACGACCCCAUCAAGCGGCACAUCCCUAGUAGCCUCUUAAAGGAAGUACCACCCGGGAUUAACAAUAGUCUAGUGGCCUGCAAGCAAAUACCCCCCUUGCUAUUAUUCUAGAACAAAUACUGUAUCUGUAUCAUUAUCGUCCCCAGGCUAAACCCGGUACAUCUGAAACCAAGAUAGCCACCUGUUAGAGAAUGUGCUUGAUCCCGACAAAUUUACGGAAAAUUUAAGGACUUAGUAAAGAAUUUAAGGACUGUGAAGUGGCAUGGUGGUUUACCUCGUUUAGCGCUUUCGAUUUCUUUCAAACUCGCUAAUAUAUAGAUUUAGACAGGGCUAAAAGAGCAGCUCUUGUUGAUAUACUUGAAGUUGUACUCCAGCAAAAAAGAAAAUCGUGUGAUGCUAACCUGCAACGGCAACGAGAAUUGCAAAAACAAAACAACAACAACAACACCAAUAUAUCUAAUUAGCGAACUUACCUUUCCGCCCUAUCGGAGGGGGUGGGGUAUACAACAAAGUGUUAUACCGGGAGACUCCAGCCUGAUCGUCCAACCCACCUUUUGUAUACCAUUUUUGAGCUGAAGAGGUGCCCCUUGAGGGGCAGAGGGCUGGCAACGCAGAUCGCACACGAAUGUGUACCAAAGCCGAGUGGUUCAAAAGUAAAAAUUUAACGAUUUUUUUUCGCAAUAUUUUUAUAACAAAAUCAUUUGAAAAAAAAAAAAAAGACUAUACAUACUAAGCGGACGAUGAGGAACCUGGAGAAAGAAAUGGCAGCGAAGCUGUGGAAACAAUUGCUGCCAAACGUCCUCUGAUGUAUGUGCGAGAUGGCUCACAGAAAUCACUCUUUUUUCUUUCAAAAGCAAUUUGCUUGGGAUUUCAUUUGGCACAAGAACCUGGAAACCUGAUCUUCUUCAAAAGAUAACUAAAAUGGUUGUAGAGUGCUCUUGUGUAGUGAAAAAGAUUGUUGGAAAAGACGCGAGAAGAAGUUAAAACGACUCUACCUCGGUGAGUUUGUACCCUGCCUAUUAUUACUCACUCAUUUUUCUUCCGCGGGCUCACUGUGAAUUCACAACCUUUCAGGAAAAUCGCUAGCUUAAUAUGUGCAUUUCGGCAAUAACGGGACAAGAAUUUGAAAAAAAUAUGGCACUAUUAAUAAUUAACCACUUUCCGUAAUAGAGAAUGAGUAUUAGCGAAGCUCUCGCGCGCGCGAAAAAAAAAAAAAUGGUAACCUGUAAGAUGCGAGAAAAUUUCGUAAUCACGUGAUCGUGCGUUCGACUGUUUCCCCCUACUACCAUUACACUGACACCGAUAACAGAGAAAGAGCUAGAGCGAAACUAACAAAACAAAACAAAAAGAAAAAAAAGAAAGCAGACGAAGUUCAUCGCGGAAGAAAAAAACAUAAAAAAAAUUCAAAGCUGCGAUGAGAAAAUGACAAAUGUUAGCGGCCAGCAAGGUUAAAAUGAGCGGCAGUGAAACAAAAAUGGAACGUGGGAACAUAUACGAUUUUUUUCUCCAUAAAACGUGCAACUAGGACGUUUCACGUACUUUGAAGUCGUGCAAAACAAUGGCAAAGAAAUGUAAAAAAAUGUGCUGCACGUGCAACUUUUUUUUUUCGCUCUUAAGCCCUAUUGAUUUUUUAUUGCAUUUCUCGUUGCCGUCACCGGUUAGCAUUACACGAUUUUUAUUAAUUUUUUUUUCUGGGGUACAACUUUUAGUAUAUUAACGAGUCAGAGCGGCGCUUUUAGCCCUGGCUAAAACUACUAGUCGGAAACGGAAGGAAUAGAGUCAAAAUCGAAAGCCCUAAACGAGGUAAACCAGCACGCCAGUUUUAAAUGCAGGGUAACCUAAUUUCAAAGAUACAGUAUUUGUUCUAGGAUAAUAGCAAGGGGGAUGUUUGCUUGCGGGCCACUAGACUGUUCACUGUCCCUUAUCUUUCCGUAAAAUCGUCCAGAUGUGCGGGCCUUCUUGGGUCCGCUGCCCCAAGAGUAGAUUUCAUAGUCAUCCCCAGGCUAAACCCGGUACAUUUUAAAACCAAGAAGGCCACCUGUUAGAGAAUGUGCUUGAUACCGACGAUUUACGGAAAAAUAGAGGACUGUGAACAGUCUAGCGGACCUCCUGCUAGCAAGCACACUCCACCCCUAUUCCUAACCCCACCCUGAGUCAGGGAGCUUGAUAAGACCUGAGAACAGGUACUCGUCGGUUUAAUACCACGGGCUACCAGAAAUAUGAAACAUAUUUAAAAAAAUAAUAAAUAAAAACAUUAACGACAAACAUAAAACAAAACAAAGUGAAAGCUCAUAGCGACGACCAAUUGUUUUAUAAAUCCUAACCUGAAUGGAUAGGAGCCUGUUCCUGGAAAACUAAAAUGUUGCUGUUGUUAAUGCACUGGGCACUUAUGCAUGCAUGAUUCUUGAUAUUGCAGCUUGUCAACGAAAACAGCAAUAAAUAUAAUAGAAUACUCUAUUGAUAAGAUAAUUUCCUGCCUGUCAGUUUUAGUCAGACUAGCAAAAAGUGUUUUCGCGGCGUAACGAUUCCAGAUAUAGGAAUGCGUGACAGGCGCCAUCAUGUGAUAUCAGUUUUGUGUACACAGCGAAGACGAUUCGAUCGGAUCAAGCGCUGUAAACAGGUACACCUGUAGUAUUAAUGCGUUCGGCUUAAAGGCUUUCCUUUCCUGCAUGAUGUUCUAUUAUGUCAAAAGUCACAAAAAGUUUAAAAUACUUGAUACAUUUGAUGAAUUAUUGUGUUAUUCGGGCUUUGCAUUAAGACCUUGCAUCGUGUAUUGUAAACAGUCAUAACAGAAAAUAGGCAUAUUUCGUCGAUCAGCUGUGCUGAUAAAUCGUUAAAAUCACAACAUAUUUUUAUGUUUCUAUGUUUUUGGACAUUCCCUUUGUUGGUCUGAAAAGACAUUUUGUUUAGAAGAUGUGGGGAUUUUGCACAGUGCUAGGAUGAAAAUAUGCAUUUUUGAGUCAUUUCCUGCGUACGGCACGGUGGGUGUAAAUCAAAAAAAAUAUUUAGUAGACACGAGUUGUUUUUGAAAGACCAAAAUUGUGUCCUUUACAUCAUUUAAGGACCAAUUUAGUCCUAGGAAGUGAAAAAAAUCGUUGAAAGUGCAAAACUUUGAACUGGUGAACUCGGCAAUUUGGGCUAUUUUCACUCUUUGUCACUGCGAAAAUUUGGCCGCCGAGUGCUGAAGCGAUUUUCCUCCCGAAAAAUUUUAUUUUGAAAUAUUUUCAAAAACUAAUGCGGUUUCAGUUACUUUUGGACUAAGAUAUAUUCAUGGGCAAAGUUUAAAGGAAAUUGAUUUUCCGACCCGAAAGGCAGUGGACCGGUUUUAGGGAGACUCCCUCUUAAUAAAGAAUGGUUGAACUUUAAGAAAAUGUUAUUUUUUGCCUUGUAGGUUUAAAAAUGUUUGAGAUAUCGGCAUAUAUUUUAAACCGAAGUUUUGCAAAAAGAAACAGACAAAUGCAAAGUAGUCCUGAUAAAUAGAGGUUUUUUAAUCUGAGCCUGCAUUCAGCAUAAAGUUGUUCUUCUUGUAAUGCUAACUGUAUUCGCCAUACGAAUCUGAUUACAUAGUUUCUUGCAAUAAAGAGUUGAGUAAGAAUACCCUUUCAGAUCUAUAGGUGAUAGUCCAUUAGCACUCUUCCACUAUCUGUGCUUCAACUUUCACAAAUGUGUUGGCAUAGCAUUUUAAGGUUAAAUUUGACCAACACUUUGAGCUGGUUAUGUCUCUAGAAUUCUGUGCCCUUUCUUCAGCGUUGCUCAUGUCACUAGACCAUAAAAACUCAUUAAGGGAUAACUGUGAUGAUAUAAUUCCUUAUUUUAAACUUGUACUCAUACUUAAACGUGUACUCAUAGUCAAAUCUAAAGUUCUGUAAUAUCUGUGCGACUACACCUGCAGGUCAUAAUGUGCAAGAAAUUCGUGUGAGAGCGCUGAAGAACAUUUUGUUUAAGUUAGACCACAAGCUGGUGUGUGCAGCAGAUCUGGUUCAUGAAAGGCAGCUGUUGAUAAAUCUAUUGCAAUGGUUUAACUUCCCUAGCCCUCCACUAAAGAAGGAAGUUUUAAGCAUUCUAGAAACUUUGUCCAAGGUAAGUGGAAUAUAUAUAGGAACUGAAUGCUUGACUUCAAGUCUCCUACAUCAGAAAUUAAUUUAUUAGGAAUGGAACAAUGAUUGUUUUCAUAACUGCCAUGUCAUCAUUAUCAUCAACAUUGUAGGAGGUUUCCUAAGAUAGUUAAGACAUUUCAUACAUAUGAGAAAAUUGACUUUCUAAUUGAUGAAUGUAAAUGGUAGUUCCUUGGAAAGCCAUUCCCAAUGCUCCCAUUACUGCCAUCAUUUCUGUUGUAAUUGAUCCCCUUCCCAUCCCUACAGGCUAUAAAUUGGGGAGUUCAAUAUUAUUAUAAUGUGCUCAUUAUAUGAAGCACUUUUAUGUACAGCCAUAGUAGCCUGGUAUUAUUUGUUCCAUUAUACACCUUUCUAAGACUUACAUACUGUGCUGUUAUUUCAGCCUGUCUCUGGCGCAGAAGGUUUGCUGAGUAUUGGUGCAAUAGAGUUUCUGUCACACUUGAGACAAGAUAUUGAUCCUGAAUUGUACCAGAAUGUUGAUAAUGUGAUCCAUCAGCUGCUCAGCUUGCCGCAAAAGGAUGCAACAGAUCAUGAUCAGUUAUGUUUAUACAAGGAUCAUGAAAACCCUGUCAAGAAUGAUCAUCAGCAGUCUUCCGGUACAGGGAGUACAGUGUUGAGUUCCUUUUCCUGUAUUAUUUUUAAUUUUUCAAAAAAUUAUAUUAUUCUGCUAAAAAAAGAACACAGUUUUCUAAAGGAAUCUACUCUUGAGCUAGCAUGUGCCAGAGACAAAACCAAACCUCCUGAUUACUCCAACUUCAUGCCAGCAGCAAAACCCUAAUCCUGCAUCCCCAGGUUUGCACCAAGAUGAGAGUAUACUACAUGGUGGGCCUGUUUAAAAAGCUGUUGUUGAUUUGCCAAUCAGACUGAGGGGAAAUUUGAAACGCACCUUCGGUAAUUUGUUGAAUCCAUUGGGGGCCUAGAACCAGGAACAUGGCACUGUUUCACAGACUUUAUAGCUCGGGUUAGAUUACAUCUGUGAAGCAGGCUAAUCUUGCGCAUAAAUGCAAAAUCUACCCACAGAUCAUUAAAACUAAAAUGGGCUAAAAUGAUGACAAAAGAUCAUUUUUAGCAUUUUUGAUUAACAUCAUUCACACCUAAACUACCCUUGCUCACCCAACUGGAACUAAGUUGCUUGCACCUCUUGUGACAUUAAUAAUAAUACAUUUGAAUCAAUUUGCAUUGUGACUAAAAUGGUUUCUCUUUUUGCCCAUCAGACUAUACAAAUUACAAUUCAUGCACUUGGCAUCAACAAAGUACAGUUUUAUGGGAAGGCACACCUGUUUUAGUUUUUACUAUUUGUCAAGUUUAAAAUCAAAGAUGGAUCAAUGGUUUCACGCUGAUACAGUAUGGGGCCUUGAAAACUAACUUUUAUUUUCAGGCUUUUCAAACACUGGUCAAAGAGAGAAGAUACUGCAGACAAAGUCAGCAUCCUCAAGUGCGCAGCUGGCAUCUUUUGGAGAUGGUUUCCACCCUGCUCGUGGGACAAGUCCUGUUAGAGGAUUCUUUGAGGAAAGAGAAGGUCAUGAUACAACUCAAAGUACUCUGGUUUCUUCUGGGAAAAUGAGCCAUAGUACAGAAACGUCUUCAAGUAAGCAGCGCACAGUUAUUCAUUUAGAAUUUAGCAGUUAUGUGGGAUCUUGUGUCAUAAUUAUAGGGGGUGUCAGCCGACAUAUUGGUCAAGUGUCUGUCAAUGUAAAUGUCAAUACAUUGGCCAAGUAUUGGUCUAAUCAGUCUAAUUGGAGUAUUAGUCUAAUCGGUCUAACUGAGUAUCGGUCUAAUCAGUCACACUUAAGGACACUAUUUGUGCAUUUCCCACUAAAGACAGGGCUACCAUUUCACAUGGUCAUCUAAGCCAUGAGAAGGUCUAGCUGUUUGCAGGGUGAAGGCAGAACCUUUGUUUCUCAGUUGUUUUAAGACCCUGGGUAUUGGUCUGUUCCUUGGGAAUUCGAACUUGUAACAUCCCACUCUGUAGUCAAAGGCUUUACUGACUGAGUUAGUCAUACUGCCUAAAUAGCAACCUCCUCUGCCCUCUUCUUUCACAGUACUGCUCCUUUGUCUGUAAUGCCUUCAAUGGUCUAAGUUUUACAAAAAAUAAGUGCCCACCUUACCACUUAAAAAUCUGUACAUACAAGCUGUCAUUUUAUUUGCAGGAAUGAGCUUCAGUGACAGCAAGUCAAGCCUGACAUUUGCUCCAUGGCUCUCUUUGUCAGCUAGUGACAGACACAUUCUGUCAGUGACAGCGAGCCGCCUACAGAGUCGCAGUUUUUCUCUGGUGUCUAAGUCCUGUGAGUUUCUUAGAAAUGUACUGUUCAAAGAUUUUCCUGCUGAAAUAUUCCUGCACAGACCAAAUGUGCUUCAGGUAAAAUACAAUAUUAAUAUAUUAUGUUAACCACCAUGAGUUUAGUGGUCAAGUGGUCCACGAGCUUAGGGGUCAAGUGAUUCAUGAGCUUAGCGGUCAAGUGGUUCACGAGCUUAGCCGUUAAGCGGUCCACAUGCUUAGUGGUCAAGCGGCCCAUGAGCAUAGCGGGCUUCCAGUUUUCCAGUUUAGUUUUUAGUUUAACCUGACAGUGGUAGAUCCAGACCUUCAGAUUGAGAUAAGGGGGCAUUUUUUCGGUCCUUUGGGGGCUCCCCAGAUCCCUCCCACUGAUCCACCACUGCCUGAGAAUGAAUUUUACCUGCAACAUUAUCACUCAUGGAAGUAAUACAUCAAGAAACAAAAUGUACAUGUGACCAACCAAGUGAGGUAUAUGGAGCCUUAAUAGUAGGGCACAAGAAAGUGGUUUUCUCCAAUUAAAUCGUUCUUCAUCUGACUUCAAAUUGGGGACCUACAUGUAUAUUAGAGAUGGACUGUGAUGAUUACUACUAACAUGGUGAUCAAGCAUUUCAUAAAAUGUAAAAGAAUAACCUGCUUAUUUGAUUGUUUUGUUCACUUUAGUCUCUCUUGGAGCUUUUAGAAAGCAAGAUUCCUAUAGAUGAUGACACUAGUAUUGUUCAUAGUACCUUGCAAUGUCUGUGUGAUUUAACUCACCAUCUUCAUGUAAGACUCACUGCAGUGUCUGAUCCAGUGCUCUUCUGUCCAGAUCAAGGUUUGUAAUAGAUAAUUUCUAACUUGAAACUUUGAUCAGAACAGAGAGCAAAACUACCAUCUAGAGAUGCACAAUGUGCAAUUUUUCAUGUUGAGUUUAGAAACUAGUGUUAAAUGAUUUGUUGUUAGUACUCCUAAUCAAAUGCUGCCAACAUGAAAGGUGGUGAAGUGGAAACUAACAAACAAACUGUUACUGUUGAUAAAAAAAAACACAUUUUACUCUGUACCAGACUAAGAAGGGUAUUAUUGAUUCCGAAAGCACAAAUGUUUUCAGCUUGAUUUUGUUAGCGCUGUUAAAAGGGGCAGGUUAACAUUUUAGAAGGGGUUCGGCAGAAUCUCUUUGUCCAUUUUCUGUGACAAGCUUAAGGUGCUUGGUUGAAGAAAUAUGUGCAAUAUAUUGUUAUUCUAUGUAAAACAUUACUAGCAUUAUUUUACCUGCUGAUGAUUUCGACAGAUUGUUGGAAGUACAGACACAUUUCAGUGUCAGUUGAGACAAACAGUCAAGGUACUGAUCAGGAAAUGGCUGAACAUGUCAGGGAAACUGGGGAUGGAGGAGUCGACAGGUGUUUAAACCAUUUAAAUGUUAAGAACUGAAUAUUGUAGUCAAUUUAUGCCAUAGCAGAUAACUUUGUAAGAUAGACACUGUCAUUGUACAUUGGUCAACCCUGCCAUUCCUCAGCUGAUACGUCGCCAAGACGGACACUUAUAUUAGUGGCAUUCCCAACAAUGACCAUCUUUAAGAGGGACCACUGUAUUUGUCCACUUUUUAAAAUUAUACUUUGGCCAGAUGCCAAGUCAAGUGCAUCUUGGGAAAAGAUUAGGAUUCUGUUGCAUUUUUAACUUUAAUGUGAGCAAACACAAAUGAUGCAGCUCAGUUUUUGUUCAGAGUUACCAUGCACGAUGAUAGGGUUAUAUCUCUCACUCAGGCACCCCCUUUUUAGCACCUUGAGUCCUCCAACACAAAGCACGCACCCUAGAAAGCGAGCCCUGGGCAGUGUCCUUUGAAUAACCAAAGGUAAGUGUAAAAAAUGGCGUAAAAUCCAACAUGGACCUUUUCAGCCCUGGGUGCUCAAAGUUACAUCCAACAUUGUCAAGUAAUGCUGACUGUGUAACUGUGAUACAACUGUUUGCUUGAAUUUUAGUGAGGACCAGUCAAGUUCCAAUCUGUCUGACAACAAAGCUUCUCAAGCAAGUGAUGAUGAUGAUGAUGAGGAUGAUAUGGUGACAGAGGCGCUUCAAUUUAACCAACUGUCCUUGGAGGAGUAUUGCGUGAUUUUGCUUGCCAGGGUAGUACCCAUGUUCAGAGGUCCCCUGUGUGGAGAAACAGGCAUCAUUGAAUCUGCUGUUAACUUGCUCCAUGGGGUUUUGAGUUUAUCAAAGAGAGUUUUCCCUCCUGAUCUUUGGAGGAGUGGAACACAGUUAAACUCCCUAAUGGUUAGUAAAAAACUGUUUAAAACUUUAAACAUUUUUUUCUUCAUCAGAGGCUGAUAAGGGCUCAAUAACAAGUCAUUUUGUGCGCCUAUUGUAAGAUUGGGCUCCCUCAAAUGGCUGGAAAUUUGUCAGACUGAUGUGGGCUAUAUGAUAGUAACAUUUAUUUCAAGCACUUCCUGGGCUGCAUUCUUAGUUUACAACCUAUAAAUCCUGGCUACAUAGCAGAUACUUUUUGUGUAAAAGCUAUGAUUUCCUGGUUGCCUUAAGGGAAAAUACAGUACUGUCCUGAAAAUACCUCCCUGAAUAACUGAAACUAGUGCUAUGACUGUUGAGGGCUACAUGUAUCUGAAAUCAAUUUUACUUCCUCUUGCCAUUGUUCUCCUCUAUCUAUUCAUCUUGUUUCUUUCAUGUUCCAGGCAACAUCACUUAUAAAUAUUAUGAAGGGGUUGAGUGAAGGUAUAAUGCACCACAUCAAAUUUUACAUCCAACUUUUCCAAGAUGAUCGUAGAGAAACAGAUACCACACCAUCCAAGCAAAGUCUACCAAUGCACAGAUUGACAGUGGUAAAUCUUGCAACAUUCUUUAUGCAGUUUCUUGAGAGCUUGGUUCCCCUGGAAAUGGUAAGUUAGAAAGUUGUGAUAGUGCUGCAAUAAUACACGUAACAAGAUAAUAAUAAGCCUGCUAUACAUGUGAAUGAAUACCAUGUUCUCUAUGCAGGCAGACUGACAUCUGAUCAGUCUUUCAGUCAUGGUUAGGCAGUGAUGUUUUAGAUCUGCAUUGCACAGCAUAUUCAGUGUUCAAUCUAGGCCUUGUUUUUGCGUUUUUGAUGCGGAAUAUUUUAUUCUGACUCAAAAUAAAAUUAUCGUGGAGUCACGCUGACGCCAAAAAAAAAGCUACCUCAAAUAUAAGUACUUCUAAAGCAGCAGGCAAUAAUAACAGUAAAUGUAAAAAAUUGGUGUGCUUACUAGGCCGAAAUUAGCACCCAAAAUGACUGUCAUUUCAGACUACUUGCUUACAGUAGUUUUUCAGGCAUUCGACCCAAUUCCAGGAGAGACUGGAGCGUACAUUUUGACUUUCUGCAUAUGUUGCUUUGCCGAUCGAUUCAUGCUUCAUUUGUUGACUUUUUUAUUUUGUUUUCAUUUCAUUAUUAAACAACAACAAAAGCUAUCUUCAUUUUUUAUGCUAAAGAAAAUGGCAGUUGAACCUGAAAAGCAUGAAGAUAGGCUGGAUGAGGAUGGUUGUGAAGCUGGAGAACUCAGAAAUCUGUUUGAUGAUGUUUGUUUUCAAGGUUUCAAUAUCAUCAUAGUCUGACCUAGACUAUUAUUGAAAUGACCCAGCUGAAAAUGCCAUGUGGGACUGUGACCCACUUUGACUAUAAUUUCUAGCUUGAACACUGCAUAUUAUAAACAAUAAACAGCACCAGUCCAUUUUAAAGUAUAACUCAUUUGAAUGUUAACACCACUAAAUCCAACCUAAGUGGAGCACUAAAAACUUAAUGAUAUAUUUUAACUCAGUUUACAGAGAUGGAAUAAUUAGGAAUACUUCCUACUAGCAAACUGUAUCUUUUGUAGGUAAAAUCUAUUGCCAGGUUAAUUAAACCAGUGUUCCACCUCGUUUGAUUCAGAAUUUGCUUCCUGGCCCCAAUUAUUCAGAUUAGAUAAAGGAAAUCCUGGUUUAACCUGACAAAGGAUUUUACUCACAACACAUCUAUGUCACUUUUUGUGUUAGAGACAUUUUUUGCUGUUUAUUAGAUAAUAAAUUAUUAGCAUCUCUUUAAGACAAAGACAUAGCUAAUUGAACUUUUUUGUUAUAGUCUUCUAAAGUGAUUCCCUCUGAAGUUACAACAGUCAUGUGGUUCCUUUCCAUGGAUGAACUCUUGGCUAUCACUCACUGUCACCUACAGCCUGUGGCAAUGAAAUUCCUGGCUACUCUGGACCCUUAUUCUCACAAACUCUGUCUUUUCACUCAAGACAUAUGCAAGUCAAUGGCAAGCACAUGCAAGUUUUUGAAAGCCUGUAGAGUCAAGGUGCUUUGUACUGAUUGUUGUGUGACCAUACACAGCUUCCCUUCCUCUGAGACUGAGGAAAAGCCAAUUCACCACUUAAGAAACAAGAGGAAUACUGGGCCAAGUUAGCUUCCACAAAAACUUCUGGGACUGUUAAUGGGGAUGCACUGGUCAGCUAUCGGCCAAUUUGUUUUACCUGCACCCAGUAACACUACCAGAAGUCUUUGAGAAAGUUAACUUGGCCCGUUUUCAUGCUCUUUUUUUAAAGUGGCGAGUUAGGAUGCAUGUUUACUGGGGACCUAUCCCCAUGAGCUGCCCCUGGGUUCCUGAGGAUGCCAGCUUUUUUAUAUCAAAGCAAGCAGAUAAAAGCUAUUUUAAAGGCACAUUUCAGCCUAAUUUAUACAAUCUGCAGUUUUUUAAUGCUGCAAAGAAAGUCAGUUUUACCACCUGCCAUUUGGGCAAGCUCCAGCUAGCAUGUACUAGCCCAUAAGUCAUUUCAACUACCGGUAGCCCCCAAACUCUUUUUGAUUAGCAGAAUUGAUUACAAUCCUUCUGUAAUUUAAACUUCCCUAAAAAGCAUCACUUGCCCAUCAGGCAAGUUAAGAACAAAAAUCACUAGCCCGAUAGCAAAAUCCACUAGCCCCGGGCUAUCGGACACGACUUUCUUUGCAUGCUGCUGUACUAGUGUCCGGUGGUGGCUGGUGCCUUUUUUUCACUCUUGGGCGACUGGAAAAUCUUCUAUUUUUUCAUACAAAUCAUAUGCUGGGCACCCUGGAUUUUACAGGUUCAGAGCCCCGCACUCCCUUUAAUUUUUCCUAGAGCACAGCCUUGAAGAACCAUGCAAAAAGUUCUGCCAAAAAGGUUUUAAAUAGUGACACCACAGGAUUUCAUCCACAGAUUACUUACAUGUCAGAGUGACAAAUCAUCUAGCCAAUAACUUGUUUUAGGGGUGAAAGGGUUAAUUGAGGUUGUAUCACCCUUUAAGUCCCAGUAUCCACAUGCAAAUUCUGUCCAUACAUUUCCUUGAAAAAUUAGUUGACAGAAUUUGAUAAAAGAUCAAAGCAUUUUCCCUUUGGUAAUUUUUAUUGAAUUGCUAUUGUUAGUAAAAAACAUAUGUUGGUUAUGCUUGGGACUCUAGGGAAUUUAAAGAACAACUGUAGUAGAUUUGAUCAUGUUAUGCCAUUGGCAACAAUAGAAAAUUAAAAUAAACAAUAAUUGAAGUUAAAAUAAAGAAUGAAUACAUUACUACACUGUAGUACAGUGUUUCACACUUCUUUUUCUUCUAUAGGAAUUAAGGAGCUCUCUGAAAGAACUGUGUGACCUGGUAGAAAUGUCUGUGCCUAGCGUGACCUAUCACAAGCACUCAGGGUUUAUCUGUGAGGCUGUGAAGAUCUGCCGUGAUGUCUGCAAUCCAGUAACUGGGGCAGAUGAAAGAGCCAUUCCCGUUUGCCACAGGAUAGUGUUGCAGUUGCUUGCACACCCUGAUCCUGAUGUCCGAUUACAAGCUUACAAGGAGUCGCUAAAUCUAGUGAAGGAAGCCUGCAGUGUUAGUCAUGUUACUGAACCAUUGUCCAUUAUUUGUCAGAAAGCUUUGUUUCUGUUGGACAGGGCUGUGCUGCAUCAAAUCUGCUGCUUUGGAGUAUAUGAUGAUGAAGGAAAGGUAUGAUGUGUACAGUACAAAUGGCUUAUUCUCUGGGCAGGGCUUUUUCAUGAAUCAAGGUAGCUCAAAUAGAACAAAGACCACCUGGCUUACAAAAUUGUCACUAUUCUUACCACCUACUUGUCACUGAUCACUUGCUACUGAAACACCACUGAACACCAGCCUAUCAGCACAUUGUGAUUUUGAUCUUUGAUUGUGAACUUGAUUAGGCAUUUCAAACAUUGUCCAUGAUCAUGUUGGUAUGACUGCCAUAAUUUUUUCUACCCGGAUCACCAUCUAUCACAAAUGUGGCAAUUUCAACCAUUACCAGCCUUAUUGCACUCCCUUCACAUCAUGAUCAUGGUCACUGUCUCCAAUGACCAGCUUGUUAAUUUCAGUUGCCCUUGCUGCAUGCAUGUGUUUUGCACCUACAACGUAGCUUGUUUCUUCAAGCUGUUCUGUGUCUUUGAAAGUGAUCACUAUCAGUGCACUGAGAUCAGAGUCGUCUUUUUAACCAUGUGCCUUCAGGAGAAAUAGACAUUGUUGCUGUCGUUAGAAUCUUGAUCGCUCUGAGCUAAAUUAAUCAUGAUCAUGGUAUUGCUUCAGCUGUACAGUUGUAUUUACAUCAAGGCUAUUACCAGCACAUGGUAGUUGUGAUUGAAUAAAGUUUCUAAUCAUUACAUAAAUUUUGCUGAAGUGUUACACUUACUUUAAAUUCUGGUUUUCACAGAUCAGUGAUUUAGCUUUAGAGCUCAUCACUACUCUGCUACUUGGCCGUCUAAGCAUGAGUGGAGAACUUUGGAAGAAGUUACUAGAUGGAUUGGUUGCAUCUCUACCUCAGCUUCAAGGUUGUGUUCUUAUAGAUCCUGGGCUGGACCAAUGUAUACUGGAGCUUGUAGCUACGCAUGGUGUUACUGGAGGACAUGUAUCUGCUGAGGGAGACAUAAUAACUUUACCAGCACUAGACAGGCUGAGAGGAGCACUGCGACUCAUGUUUGUCACUGACUCUAAGCUAAGGACCAAAGGCUUUGAAUCAGUUGUAUGGAGUCUCACAAAUGAAGCAAGUCGUGAAAAAAGAAAGAGCUUGGUUCAUGGAAUCCAUGCAGAGAAAGCUGCAGACUUAUUUAUCGUGGAUCAGAUUACCUCUGCUGUAAAUGCACAUGUUCCUGUAUCACAUACGAGUGUGGAUACAAGUGAAGUUCUUAACCUACAGUCCAUAUUGGCUUCUUCACCCCUAGAUGUGGCAUUAAGGAAGUCUUCGGCUCAGCAGCUAGCUAUUAUUUUACAAGGUAUGAGAAACAGAUAUCAAAGAUUUAUUUAUUUAUUUAAGCAUGAUUCAGCUAUUGCUGUCAAUUUUAAGCAAAACUAGUACCCCUCUUAUAACCUGUCAUUUUUUAUUAAUCUGCAAUCCAGUGAGAACUCUGAUCACCAUUGUUACUGCGCUUUUCAAAAACAUGUGAAUUCUGAAGUUCCAAACCCAACUGCAUUUGCGUUUUUUGCUGCCGUCAAUCAUCUCAGCAGACCUCUUAGGAAACAGAAGUUUACUUCAAAAGGCUCAAAAGGUGUGAUUUGUGAUUGGUGGAUUUUGAUCCGUUUUGUGUGUUUGCUGUUCGUUGCUUGUGAUCGUAAUUAUGAUUAAUAGCAGCAAAAAACGCAUUUGUGAAGGCAGCUUUUGAACUUCAGAGCUUGCGCGCUUUUGAAAAGUGCAGUAGUGUGCACUAUCACGUCUAUGCAAAGGAAGGAUCAUAUGCUAUUUACAAAGGGUAAAAUUUCAUCUGGACUCUUCAAAGCUAAGCUAGUUGGCCACUUUUUGACCUCAUCUGUGGUCUAUAGACCUGUAAUCACAUAAAAAGAACUAUCAACCAGUCAUCUGGCAACUGGAAGAAGCGGAAAUGAAAUUCGAUGAUUGAAAUUAGAAGAUUAAGGAGUCGAAAAAAUAAAUUUCUUAUUUGAUGACCUGGCGGAUAAUGCAUCUAGAUCUAUACGUAUUUUUUAUUGCAUGCAUAAAACUGCAAGAACCAGCAUGUCUAAUUAACUGCAUCAUUUCAUUUCAUUUCAAAAGUUUGUCUCUGAGGAUGUGUGCUCCAUGCAGCAAAAAAAUUAUAUUCUCUCCUUAAUUCUAAGAAAGCUCAUUCUUGACCUUGUAAUUGAAAUUUGAAAAAAAUAAUAAAUUUUUAGUCUCAAAAGAUCUGAGAUUUUUUAAGCAUUGUAGUAUUGUAUUUGUAUUAUUAUAUCAUAUUCUCUCCUUCACUGCAAUGUUCAAUAGUUCUCUGCUUCAGUCUUUUUUGUGACUUGCAUUUUGUUAGACCCACAGUGGCACGAACCUCUUCUGAAGGAACACACAGAUGAAGUGUGCAUAGCCAUCCUUUUAGAAAUAAUGGAACAACAUGGCCCACUACACUCUUCAACCACACCCUACCCAAGGGUGGAGCUUGUACCUCCUUGUUUGACCAUCCUACGACUGCUGGCAGAGUACAAUGCUUCCUGUAGGCACAGGCUGGCUACAAAGUACUCCACAUAUACUUUAGUUACAAGGUACAUGUAAGCCCCUGGAUGCUUGGUGAUUUUUUAAGCAACUAUCAAAGCAUUGGGAAAAGGGUACUUACAGUGACAAUAAAGAAGAAAUUUUUACAUUUUCAGGUUAUGAAAGCCAAGCUAAAAUUAAACCCCUAAGCCUUAAAACUCUGUGCAUCCUUAGCUAGUUUUCCAAAGAGCUUGGGCUUAUGACUUCACUCCUCAACUGCACCCUACCUGGUAUCUUCUUGUCUAAGCUCUUGAUCUGCGACAACUGUACAGUGCUUCCUUUUGGCACAUAAGAUACUUUAUACUCUUGUUACAAUGUUAACCUGACACUGAAUGUUCAUUAUCCUUUUAGAACCAAAAAAAACACCCAAGUAACUAACGUUUGUACUUAUAGUAUCACUAGAGAUGGAAUAUAUGAUUAUAUAGAGAAGUUCCUUGGGCUGAAAAAUACUAUUUAUAGCAAGUGUUUUCGUUAGUCUUGCAUUGUACUGUUUGUCAAUGUCUGCUGUUUAUUAUUGCUUAAACCUUUAAUGUCAAUAUGUCUUCAUCACAAGUGGAGGCUGGGUGACUGAGAUCAUAAACCUUAUUUCAAGCUUUGAGGAAUUGCCUCUCCUACCCACAUAUAGGUGUACCCUAUCCCACUGAGACCAUCGAUUCAAAGGAAAUGUGAAUUAUGGUUGUAAUAAUGAUGAUAACGUAAGGGUACCAGGGUUCUCAUUGAGUGCCGGCAACCGGCUAAAAAACUACCUACUUUGAGGUCUGAGCUGUCUACUUUUGUGGAAAAAUGGGUAAAGUGAGAGAGUGAAAGCCCGAAAUUACCUACAGCACUUGAUUACCAAGCCGCCUACUUUAUAUCCUAGCUGUGUACUGUAAGAUUUAAUGAGAACCCUGGGGUUCACACAGCUAUUUUAAAAUGAAUCAAUUAUCAACUAGUUUACAGUAAUAUGUUUGUUGUAGAUAAAUCACUGAUAAAUACUGAUUUGUACAGACAAAAGGCCUAUGUCAUCUUCUUGUUUUAGAUGUGCUCUCUUAUGCCAGUCCAAUGGUCAAGUUAAGUAUGAGGCUGCUUGCCUGAUGUUUCUCCUGCUCUUUGAUGAAGUUGCUAUGGCACUGCCUGACAAAGUUAACAGCAUUCCUUUCAGUUUGCCAAAGUCUUUGGUGAGAAGGUAGGUUUCAGGCUCCAAUACUAGACAGCGCUAUCCAAGAUGUAUUGGAAACCAAUGAAUUUAAUGUACGGUUUGGUUUAUCAGUGGAUGACUUUGCCACUUUUUAAUGUUAAGAAUGCCUAUAAGUGACAAAGUUUUAUCAGAAUGUAGCAUGAAUUUGCUUUGGGUUAUCUGAUGCCAUUUAAUAAGAAUGCCGUGGCUAUGCUUUUGAAAGCAUUAUCAAUAGAUCCUUCACAAAAAAAUAAACUGUAGACAAUAUUGGCAGCUUGACCAUCCUGGUGGAAGAGCUGUUUUCCAAGUCUGGUUGUAAGGUUGAGCACACCAUCAGAAAAAGAAUCUGUUUAUAGGAGUUGAGCAAACGUGGUGGCCAUGCAAGUGCUUAUAUUAAAGAAGGUACAACACUUGGGAAGUAAUGUCUACUGUGGUAUUCAGGAGUCAAUUUGAUAAAAUAUUUACAAGUGUGUAGCCAUGGUUCUAAAACAAAAUUGUUCCCAGAACAGCUUUAUUUUGUCAGUAAAUUAUUUUACCUUUACAACUGCCACUGCGUAGAAUUUAGUCUCUGUACAGACUCAAAAAUUACACCUACAUGCCACCUCUCUAUAAUUCUGGGAGUCAAAUGCUUAGCUAAGAAAGUUUGUUAUUUGAAUGCAAACUGUUCAUUUUAUACCUGUUUUUUAGGCAGUGAGGGUGUUUUUAGAGCUAACUAGUUGGCAUUUGCUCCACAGAUAUCAGUUCCCAUUUGCUCCACCUGUCCACACCCCUGUAAGUGUUCAUCAAGUACCAGACUUCCAGCUUAAAGACUCGCUAACUUCAGAACCAGCUGUUUCCAGGCUAAGGCUGGCCUGGAACCUAGGUUGGCAUGAAAACAUUGAGAAUCUGUCUAGAGUAAAAGGUGUUGAGGACACAAGGCGGUCAGACAGAGAUGUGGGGUAAGGAUACAGGAUAUCUGCAGCUUUUGAAUCAAUAAGUUAGUAACAUUUAAACAGCAUCAGACAUCUUGAAAAUGUAGUGCAAUUAAUGCAAAUACUUUUUUCUCUUAAUGGAAAGGUGUUUUAUGGAAGACACAAUCUUCAUUUCUCAGCCUGUUUUGGAAAACAAGGUUCCAAAUUCACCAAACACUAACGUUUUGCAAAGUGACAUUAACCAACGAUGGCGGAUGACAUGGAGCUGAAAGAUAUCCAAUUCUUCACUUUUUGUUUUUGUCUCCUGACCUGCUAGACUGAUUCUCAGACGUCCGAGGUCGUUUGCAGUCCUUCGCUUCCCUCCCAAAGCAAAGAGACCGUGAACAACCUCGGACGUCUGAGAAUCAGGCUACUGACCUGCCAAAAGUUAAAAAAUACAUGAUGAACAAAUUUUGGAGGUUUUUUUAAUGUUAUUGUCUGCAAUAAAACAUUUCAGCUUGUAAUUGCCUGUCAUUUGAUGUCAUGUAAUCUGUAUGAUUACAUUGGUGGUGGUGGGACAUACCAACUGCGAAGGUGUUUUAAAAUUAGAAUUCAAGAGAAAUCUUUCAUUCCACUCCGUAAGUAGUGCACAUAGCAUUGUGUUAAAAACAACCAAGGAGGUUUCAUUUGAAUGAACUAUGAUCAUAGGAAUUUGUCCUCAGGUGCAGAGAGUCGAUUAACAACAAAAAAUCGCCUUAAAAGUUUGUAGGGGUUAAUGUCCAUGUUCUGGUUCAAUUUUUAUUUUCCUUUGUUUGAACUCAUAUGCCAAAACAAAGGGAAAAAAAAUUUAACCAAGGACCACAACAUCCACAUGAACCUUGUAGGUACUGGCCAGUAUUGCAGUGGAGGAAUCUUGAUGCAGAUUUGCUCAAUUGUAGCCAUGUUGCCAUUGCACUGAGUAAUCAGCUGCAAUGUAUGGAGAAUGCGAGCUCUCAUUAUGAUGCAAAAGUAGCUCUCAGUAAAAUUAUGGCACACCUACUUGCUGAUAAAGGAGCAAAGCCUGGUGUAAGCCAAAGGCUCUCGGUGGAGGUCCUGUACACCUUGAAAUGGGAAGCAGCAUUUGAAAGGUAUACCCUAUAGAGAUACGUAUUUGUUAACCCCCAGAUAAGGGGACUGAGUUGUGGAGAAGUGAAUGCGGUAACUUGAAACAAAACGUCUGUUGAAGAAAAAUCUUUUGAUGUCAAGGGAUCUCAAGUUAAUGUCGUUAUAACACAUGUUUGCCCUCUUCUGUUUACUAGAACUUUUUCCAUUUAAACUGUACCUGUUCGUGAAUGAUGUAAAGUAGUUAUUUAAACUGUAGGCGAUCUUGUUUGCGCAAAUUUGAGAAAUAUUCAUCACCAGAUGAAACACCGAGAAGAGAGUUUAUUUUUGACGAACUUCGAGGUGUUUCCAUCAAUGUUUGAUAUUUCUUCUCAAACAAAAUCAUUUUUGAAGGAGAAAUUAAGGAAGCAAAUACUAAGCAGUGUUUCAUCCGAUUUCCAAACACUCAUUAAACAUUAAUUUCCUUUGUAUUUUCUUAAUGAAUUAUUAAUGAGUUUGAGAAGUUAUCAUCUCCCAUUAACCGUAUUUUUUGCACUAAGGUGCCAGCGAUCAUUUAUAUAGUGGGGUCCACCUUUACUUUAGGGAAGUAUCUUCUACAUAGAAAUGGUUUUAUGUUUACCUUUGACUUUGUGUCUGGAAACGUUGUGCUAUUUAUUUGUAGCUUCAACUCUUAGCAUCUGGAUUAGGCAUGGUACUCUGCAAAGAGUGAUAAGACUUGUCUUUUACCACAUAUUCUGAGCAGCAUCAAGGCUGUGAACAAGAAAAAUUCUAGGGAACCUAUUCUUUGCAAAGCUGAGAUUUCCUAGUCUUGCUAGAUCAAUUUAGGUUUCUUGGAAACUGUGCACCUACUCCUCCCUUAAGCCAUCAUUUUGCCCUAAGUGAGAAGUAAGUGUUAAUGUUAACUUAGGGGAGGGGUAGGUGGGUAGUUUCCCAGAAACCUAAAUUGACCCGUCUUGCUCAAGAGCAAAAGUUAGGUACCAGGGGCCUCCAGGUGCUGCCAGAGCACAUCCCUGUGCCCAGUAUAAUAAUAUUGAGAUCCUACAAUUAUUCAUUUUGCAAUUUUUGUCUCACCAAAUUUGCUCUUCUGGACCCAGUUGUUCAAAAGGUGGAUCACGCUAUCCACCGGAUAAAUCACCAUCCACUGGAUAACGUAAUUGGUGUCCUUAAUACUUAUCCGCUGGAUAGUGAUUUAUCUAGCCCUGGUUGUUCAAAAGUUGGAUAGCGCUAUCCAUUGGAUAAAUCACUAUCCAAAGGAUAAGUAUUAGGGAAACCAAUUGCACUAUCCACUGGAUAGCGAUUUAUCCGGUGGAUAGCGCUAUCCACCUUUUGAACAACUGGGGCCUGCUGGAUAGUGCUAUCUAACGUUUGAACAACCGGGGCCUGUAGUGUAUAAUGUCUCAAAAUAAUAGUUGUCCUUUUGACUAUACAGAUACCUUCAGGUAGUGCCAAACAGCGGAGAUGAUGACAGUCUGCUGAUAGAACUGCUCCAUGUGUUAGGUAUUAUCCUUUCCAGUCCUCAUCAGCCUCCAGAACCUGUGGUGGCCUGGGUAGCAAGAACUGUAUUACAUAGAGAUGGACCACAGAUGACUCUGCUGCGAAAUGUUCAAGCAAGUGGUGCAAACUCACACACUCUCUCUGAGUCAAAAAAGUACAGUACUCCAUUUGUUGUCAUGACUGCUAACUAGUCGAGUAGAACCCCCAAUAUAGAGGUUUAGCCAAGGCUAAAGGCGAAGCUCCCGUUAAUGAUUUUUAAAUUAACUUGUCUUCAAACAAUAAACUUUUAACCAUUGCAAAGAAAUCCCUAGGAGUUGAGCCUGCAAUCAGUUAAAAACUAGGAACUUUUCAGCAGAUAACUUCAAAAAGCACGCAACCUCAAUGGGUCGACACCCGAGCCCACAAUAUGGUCAUGUGAUACCGGUCAGCAGUUACCCUGUUUUGACAGCUAUCAGUUUACAAAAAUAUGGAUGUGCAAUAUCAGGUUGCAGGCUUCCACACCAGCUAGAAAGAGUGAGAUUUCACAUUGAUUGCCCUGUAGUCCAGACCGACGGACGUACUGUCACGUGACUACCAAAAUUUCUCGGAUGGAUAGAUAACCAAUUUUUCCUAACUAUGGGGCUCCACUCGAGCGCGCGAACUCGAGCAGAGCUUUAUAAGGAUGACAUUAGCUAGGAAUGCUCAGGUGUAAUACUCUGGGUGUAAUAAAAGUAGUGACGCCAACCUCAAGGAACGUACCACUGUGUCAAAGAUUGACUUUUGCCUAUGACAUGAGAAAAACAACCUGAGUUCCAAAGAACAGAGACUAGUUCCACACGGGCCAGUGAAACUGAUUUGGCAUUGUCCAGAACACUUAAGUGUUAUACUCAUGUGCAACCAAAUUUUAUUUGCAGAGCACUGCGUAAACAUCUGCUCUCUUUCCUGGUGACUUUGGUCAAGUGUCUGUCUCAGUACACCAAGGGAUGGAGGUUGGAUAAAGAACGAAUUUUCAUUGGAGACUUAGCUUAUGCACUGGCCCUGAAUCUUGAUUUAGCAGAUAACCCACAGUUUUAUGAUCUUCCAGUGCUUGAGACCUCACUAGUCUGCUUAGUACAUGUCACCGCCCAGCCUCACUGGAGCUCCUUUUCUAAAUACUCUCAAGGGAUGAGCCUAUGUCUGCAACUAAUGUCCUCAUUGAUACAGGCAAGUGUUUCAAGUAAAGCAAUUUUCAAGUCAAGAGCAAAUGAGCAUUUGUUAAUUAACCGCAGAUAGAGAUCGUGAUUUUGAUCAUCAUCAUCAUCGUCAUCAUCAUCAUCACAUCAUCGUCAUGAUUGUAGUAGUUGUUGUAAUAUUUAAUUGAGGAAGCUCUUUCCUUACAAGCCCGGUGGUUUUCCAUGGGCUUCCUUGCCAUUAGCUUUUAAAUAUUUAGAACUUCUUUGUUUUGUAUAUCUUUAUUGCAAAACAAUAAACUGAACUGAACUGAUCAUCAUCAUCAUCAUCAAGACCAUCAUAAUUCAACUGCCAACAAAACAAACAAUCCUAGUAGCCCUGCUACUAGGAUACAAUUCAAAUAGCAGUUGAAAUCCUUUUCUUCUGUGAUCUUUAAGGCCAAUCAACCGAUACCUUUUGGUUUGACUCUUCUGUUGUCUUCCUCAGGUCGUUUUAGCUUUCCAUGCUGGCAGACUUGGUGCCAGUUCAUCUUUUAUGGGUAAAGGUGUUACAUAUUAUUCCAGCCUAUGUUUGGCUCAUCUUACUCAUGAGAUGGCUGUCAUUGAUCCCACACAAGUAAGUCAUUGUUUGAGUUACUACAGUCUCAGUCAAGAUUAUUGAGACACUUUGCUGUCUUCUUGCCCUCCAUCCCCCCCAACCAAUGUUGGUGUGUACGAUGUGGUGAGUUAACUGCGAUAGUCUCAGACGGGCCAGAAGUUGAAAAAGAUUAUUGAGACACUUUGAUGUCUUCUUGAUAACUCGAACCCCCCAUCGCGCUAACUCGAACCCCAACCAAUGUUGGUGUGUAAGAUCAGGUCAUUUCUAUAUAAUUUUACCCUCGAUAACUCGAGUUUUAACUUAAAAAGUCGGGAAAAAAGAUAACCAACAUUGAAUUUUGCAUUGAGGAAGAGGAUAGUUUACUAGGGUCGAUAGUGGAGGCGGAUGUUGUUAAAAAACAUCAAAAUUUUGUCUAUUGAGACGUUUUGUAGGUUUGAGUAACUAUUUGAAGAAGUAGAUUCAAACGGCGGUAGGUAUAACAAAUUACUUACUGUUUUUUUUUUCAUAGAGGUGGGUUUCACAUUGGUUAAGAACUCAAGACCCUCAAGAACAUCCACUUUCUUGGCUUGUACCUUUGUUGACAGACCGAUGGCCAGAUAUUCGUUGGACUGGCCUUUCUAUCUGUACAAGUCUUGCAGUCAGUGAGCAAGGGAGAGAAGUACUUAAAGUUGCUGGGCAGAAAUUUGUAGGGGGCUUAUGGAACUUUGUGCUUAGCAUUCUGUUGGAUGAAAUGGAAUGUGGUCUUGUUAGACAACAGGUUCGUUUGAUCUGUUGAAGUAUUCCAAUUCUUUCUUUCACCAGCUAUGCCCUAGCCUGCGUCGUAGACGUAAUUUAACCCCGGUUAUUAAUGUCUACGAAGUAGCGCCGAGAUCCUUGUUCUGGGGCCCGUUUCUCGAAAGUCCCGAUAAAAACGGGCCCGUUAAGCUGUUGUCGGUUUACAUGCAAGAUAGAGUUCAGUAGUUUUGCACCUAACAUGAUAAACCAAUCAGUUAAUGAAACAAAAUGGAGUAGUUUGCUAGCCAAGAACCCGCGCUCUUAAUCUUUAUAUUUCGAUUUGAAUAUUUGAUUGCGGGCCCGAAAAGUUACCAGGACUCUCGAGAAACGGGCCCCUGGGCCUCCAAGGAACUUAACGACUUACCGGAAGCGCGUUUCCAAGAAUUUCCUUUCAUCUAGAUUGGCAAAUCGACAAUGACUUUUUUAACAGGCCAAUCAUGGCACGUACACAAAUCUUGGUACACAGGUGGGGGCCUUGAACUUGGAUUUCGGCGCUGUUUCACAGACGGACUUAACCAGAGUUAAGUUUCGUCUGCAACGAAGGCUAGCUAUGCCCUUAAAUAACCAUAUUUCUCAGAAGUAGUCUACUUUUGCUCUUGAGUUGUAACCUGAGUUAUAACAAGUUAAAUGUUUGUCUAGAGUCCGAUUUUAAGCCAUUUGGGUGAAUAAAUUACACUACCCUAGAUUUAUGGUCAACUUUUCUGCCUGUAUAAUACCUAUUUACUUAUAGGCUUUUAGUUAUUGUUCAAGUGUACUUGAAUUGUUUUGUUUGCUAUUUAGGCAGGCCUACUGUUUUGCAGUCUGGUCAGUGGUCUGUCGCCUGCAAAUGUUGUCACUGAGUCUAAACAACCAGACCAAUCCAAGGUAAAGACCUAUUUUAAUUGUCAGUCAUUGUGGGGACGGGUUUCCUCUUGAUGAAUUCGUUUUAUUAGCUCUUUGAUAAAUCCUUUAUUGACCGAGUUUGCGCGCUACAAAUGGCUUAAAAGGGUUCGUACAGGUCAUGGAAAACCUGGAAAGUCAUGAAAUUUAAGAAUUUCAUUUUCCAGGCCUGAGCUAGCUAAAACUAAGGUCAUGGAAAAAGUCACGAAAAGUCGCUCAAAAGAGUACGAACCCUGGUGAAUAUUUUCCCCACGUUUGUAUGAACCCCCUUUCCAGUAAGGCGUGUUCUUUUUUUUUUGUUUUUAGAAUGGCUCCAAGGGAACUCAAGUUGUUCUCUCCUUACUUGACCAAUUCAAGUUUUUCCAGAAGCUCUCCAACAUGCUCUCUAUCGGUGCAUUUCCAUUGGCGGACUCACAUGGAACAAACAGGGCCUGCCAGAGCUCUGCUACAGCGUCCGUCUCAUCAGGCACCGAUACAGACAUUCCUUACAAGCCCCUUAGUUCAACGUCCCGAUCCCAAUCACAGCCUGGCAGUGUGAGCUCAGAGGCCCAAACAACUACCACUGAAUCAGCUAAUGGCAUAGUUAGCCCAGGAGUCGUCUCCGUUGCUUCGCACACCUCUAGUACCAUGCUGUCAGGGGUGUCGUCAUCCGCACCGGAAACACAGCUCUCAAGGACACCCACAUCACUGGUGCCACUAAUUAAUGAAAGAGGUCUUCCAAGUGGGUAUGUUCUUGCGUACUUUCCGACUCUCAUGCUGGCUUAAACAGGAUUUAUUCCACGAAUUGGCUCGUUGGGCCCCUUCUAAGAAUGUUGAAGGUCUUUUUUUUUUUUUUAGAACAGAGACGCAAAGUAUUUUUAGAUUUGCUUAACGUCUGCCUCUUAGCACUCUUCUCUUUAUGGAACUAAAUCAACUGUAGGCACAGAUUUUCAUCGAGUAGUUUCAGCAAAAACAAGUUAGCCUUCCUUUCUCCCUUUUCUUUUGAACGUGAGAUGAUUAGUUUAUUUGAAUCAAAUCACGAACCAAAAUCAAAAUAAGAGAGAUGUUCCAAAUGUCACUUUGUAAAUUACUGGAAAACGAACAUUACCGUACAACAGUGCUGCCUAAGACGUUUGGUUUGAAUGGUCGCAACAAAAGACCUCGGUAAAGUUGUUUAAAGUAAAGAAAUGCAGGCCUCUAAAGACACAGGUGUGCUUUAUUAUUUUUUUUUGUUUCACAAGCCAGAGUCUUGAAGAUGGUUAAUUCCAAUGGAAGACAAGAGGAGGCAGCAUGGCCGAGUGGUCAGCGCGUUGGACUCGCAAUCCGGCGGUCCCGGGUUCGAGUCCCGCUCUGGCCACUUGCUGGAUUUGUGCUCGGUCGUCCCGAGUUCAAAUUCUCGGCCACGCUUGUAAAUAGCCAACUGGUUGCCUUCUGCCAGUUGGGGUUUUUAAUCCUGUUAUGUUGUAUUUGAAUUAUUUGUUUCUAAAUAAUUGAGUGGAGUGCCUGUAAAUUAGCUGACUAGCUAAGUGUAUCUUCCACUAUAAACAUGCCUUUAACCUUUUUUUUUUAAGACAACUUUAAGAAUGACCUACAGUCCUAGCUGAACGUCCUCGGGACGGUGAUGUAGUAUUCAUAAUUUUCUGUAAUUUCUUGGUGUUCUCAUAAAACAGUGCGACCUUUUUGAAAAUAUCUGGCGCUUUUCUCUUUCCCCACCCCUUCCCCCACCUAUACUAUUUUGAAACUCGGCGACCAGUCUGGAUACACGCGUCCAAAGUUGUUUGUUGGGUGGGGGAGUUGGGCAUGUGUUAUUUGAAAAAGCGCCACAAAUGUAAAUUUGUCCCAAGACUUUUGUCCAUGAUUGUAGUUAUACCUGAUCAGAUCUGUUCUGUUGGUUUCAGUAUGUCCAGUGCAAGCAGCAGCAAUGUGAGUAGUUCAGCAGGUUCCACGGCAUCAUCAGGGACUACAUCAGUUUAUACAGGAUCAUCAGUCACCCCAGGACUUAUUGGUGCAAUGGCGCGCCUGUUGCACAACGUAGUCUUCCUGUCUCCUGGACAUAUUAUUACAGCUCUUAACAAGGCUGAGAUUCUGAACUCGCUAAUUGAGUAAGUAUUUGAAGGAGAAAUACACUGGACUCGCGAUUUUAUCGGAGGGCGAGAAAAAUUGGGGGUAAAGAUACAUGUACCUUGUUAGACCAGGAAAGGAAUGUUUUUAGUCAAUUUAUCAAGAGGUUCGAGAACUUAUCAGCAACUGCAAUAAUAAGAUUAAUAAUAGUCAUCAAUGACAUUGUCAUCGUCAUCAUCAUCACCACAUCAUCAUCAUCAGCAGCAGAAGCAACAGCAACAAACAGGAUCUCCUGCAACAACUGAAUUAUUAUCUAAUCUGUUGUCAACUUCGUGAUCAAUGACGUCAUCAUCAUCAUUAUCAUCAUCAUCAUCAUCAUCAACACUAACCUCAUCGUUAUUAUCAACAUAAUCAGUACCAUACCUUGUCAAUAACCAUCUUUCUCCUGGAAUAGUUUUUCAAUAUUAUGUAUCAGUCAGAUUAAAAAAAUACAUUUAUACACACAAACAGCACCAACUUAAAACUUUUUGAGGCGGCUACCUCCAGGUGGCAAGAGACAGGAUGCCGAAAACUACCUCUCCCCGGCUGUGGAUUGAUAUGGUCUCAGUUUUAUGGUCUUUUAGCUUUAAACGUUUCCUUUUUUGUCCACAGCCAUAUUGAAUCCUCAAGAGUGCAAAGCUUUCUCAGUGAUAAAGACUCCUUGCCUCUGUCCACUGCAGCCAGAGUGGUUAUCAAGGAAAUACUCUCCAUGUACAGCGAUAUUUUGGCGUUCCUUCACUCUGUUGUGCAACUGAAUACUAUCUUCUGUUUCAAUUUGCUGCAAGACCAGGAAGCUCUUGACAGGAUUGUGCGGUUAUUUUCAAUAUGUUGCCCUUGCGCAGGUUAGCUCUUCCUAAAUGUACUUCACUUCUUAAGUGUCACAAUAAGAAGCUAGGCAUCUAAUGCUUAAUUGGGAUCAUUUUAAGAUUCUUAGAAACUAACCACAUAACCUCCGAUUCCAUCCACCAGAGUGGCGAUGGGUACCUUAAAGUUAUGAUGCCUACAUAAAGUAAUUCCUUAUUCCUCAUCGAGGAGUGACCGCAGUGAUUGGGGUUAAAGCUCUGAAAAUAUUUGUUAGGGCAUUGACUAAAGUAUUAGGCACUGACUCGAGAUGGUUGUUAGCGUUGUCACUAUAAAUCUGUAAAUCAGAAACGUUCGUGCCAGAAAAUCCGCCAUGGUGUAGUGGUAUGGACUACAAUCCUUGCGCCCUAAGUCGAUUUCUAAUAAUGCCUUUUUAAAAGCUUGAAGAGACUUACCAGUGUUACUGAUCAUUGAUUCACAGAUGACACUCUUCAAAACCUUGUUUAUGCUGCAUGGGAGAGUGUAUGCAGGCUCCUGGUUACACUGCUGCAGAAGCAAGGCCAGUUGUCUGUUCCUAGCGUGGUUGAAGAGACAGUGUUUAGCAACUGGAGUUUAUUCACAGGUAGAUUAUGAUAAUGAUCUUUAAAUUAGUAACAAAUAGCCUUUGCAACUGCAAUAAUCUUUCCAAGUCGUAGUGAUAUUUGUGAUGAAGGGUCACGCUGACUUAAGCCGAAUGGUCUGCAUGAAUUAACAUUUUAUAGCCUUCUUGUGGCUGUAUACACGAUCUCACUUACGGAGGGCGGUGUUGAGAAAAUGGUGACCUCCCUAUUUCUUGCGCAAGACCAAACUCUUACUCAUAUGAAUGUGGAAACAACUUUUUGUGAUGACAAUAACCCGAGAUUUCUCGCUCUGAUCUACUCUUCAGGUGUGUUCAAAAGCUCUCUUAAAGAAAGCAAAUCCCCCUCCCCCUCCUGCCUAAGAAAUUUACUGCUGAAGCUCCUUGGUCUUCUUCUAACCGUGGAGGGCAAACGCUGUACUAACGGGAGAGGCCUGAGUGAAGAAAGAGGCGAUAAACCAACAAAAAUGAAUCGUUUGACUCUUCUACUGGAUAACAAGAUAGAAAGUGCCCGCGUACAUCAACUGGACUCAGUUAAAGACAGCGAAAAGCAAAACGUCCUUAAUGGUGAAAGCAAUGCGUGUGCUGAGUCUACCGGAAGUGAAAUGUGUGGAGUUUUGCUUGAUAUUUAUGAACAUGCGCAAUCGCGGAGCGUAGACGUCCCGGAUGAAGAGAGAGGCCUGGUGCCUGCAGUUCUCAGCUCUUUAUUGGCUCUUAGUAACUCAGCCAAAGAUACAGCUUUACAAGGUGGGUAUGAGUUGAGAUCAAAAAGGGGCACGAUUUUUUUUGUCAAGUAUAUAACUGAACUCGUGUUCCAGUAGUUCUAGACUUUACCACCUCAGCUUGAACUGAGGGUUGAAGGGCUGGUCGCUGAGAAGGGAGAGUAGGGUGUCAGCGCAGACAAAAUUCAGCGUUGAAAGAGAAAGUACCAUAAAACGUAAACCAAUCAUAAGAGACGUAGGCUCGUCCAAUAAGCCAAUCAGAACCAGAAAAUAAAAUACUUGCUGCGUCAAGGGUAAGAAACGCGUGCGUACAUGUCGCAACUGGCUUCAUGAUUGCUCAGUUCUAAUUGGUUGACAAAUCACAAACUGUGGUGACUGAAGACUAUAGAAAUGUAAGUUUACUUUAUGAAAAAAUACCUGUGACCGUUUUGGGGAUAGGGACAUUGUUUGGGUCAUUCAUCUAUUGUUUUGUUAGCUAAUUAAAGUACUCGUUCUGAGCCAGGGAGCAUGGUGGCGCUCCUAAAAAACCCUAGCUUUUCCUUCGCGGUCAUAGUGAUUUCUUUUGUUAUCUAUUAUUUAUUAGUUUGCGACUUUCCAACCAAAGACUCUACACAGGGAAGCUUGUGUACACUAAAAUCGGUAGCAUUAAAGAAAUCCGCCGGAUCAGACAUUUUUACGUGAGAGAAUUUAACCGCAUUGUGACCGCUCUCUUCUAUACCUCUGUUUCCAUUGUAUUUUUCAACAAAAUGAAUUUCAAUGUUAAUUUUUCUUCAGCUGGUUUUGUUGAAACCUCUUUGGAGCACAUAAAACACGUGCAUGUUCAGCUAAACAUGAACUCACUGAAGCUUGAAAAAGGGCCUUCAUGGAAAAGGAAGGUAGGAGAACAUGCCCGUUGUCUCGCGUUUUCUCGUACACUUUUUUUUCUGCUAACCUGCUAAAAAGACUAGGAUUGUGUAUUUAUUCGUGGAACGCGGAAUCAAUCUUUCCGUGUUUUUUCCCAAACCGUUGAAUUGACAAGUAAAGUUAUGGAAGUUUUCCUCUUUGAAUCGCAAUUAAACUCGGGUUUAAAACUUCUAAAACGUUUUCCUUGGCAAUGAUAAUUCUCUGCAGGAAGAUCCCUUGGUAACAGAACUAAUGGACGCCAUUCAACUUCUGAGAAACUUCAUCCAUUGUAGUCCAGCAGUCAAGGUAAUCUGAGUUUUCUUUCUUAUUUUUAAGGUUAAUCUACCUAAACUACAAGUGAGCGUCCUUGAGCUUUUUCAAGUUCAGCUAUUGUGCUGUGGAAAAAUUACCAGAAUGUUUUCCUUCUGAAAGAAUCGUUAAACUUCUCCAUAGAGUUCCUAGUAUGAAACAAAAAGUUGACUGGAGAUGCUUAGCUUUAAUUUCAGCUCAGUUUUGUCGCAAAAUUGUGGAACUCAAUGUCAAUUGGCCCCUAAAGGGUCUUUGUUUCUUUUAAGAGGAUGGAAAGGAUAACAGGAAAUGCCCGUUAAGAUACAAAGUUAAGGAAACAUUUCAUCCAGCUACUAUGUAAUUUUUGGUGUCCGUUACUGCCCAUCUACCCCUCCCCUAAGCUAACAUUUUGAGCUAAGUAAGAAGUAAAUGUUAGUGUUGGUUUAGGGGAGGGGUAGGUGGGCAGUUUCCCAGAAACGUGUAACGGUCCUUUUUUUCUGUCUAGACUGCUUGUUUGGAGAGUGGUAUUAUUGAUGUGCUGCACAAGUUAUGGUCCUGGUGCACGGUGGAGCCGCGUCUACUUAUCGAGGUGUUACGUGUCUUAUCCACACUGACAGCACAAUUCCCCAAAGGUGCGUGUUCAGUAAAACUAAUGUCCCUAGUCGCAGUUUACUUUGCACUAACAUUGUUACAAUACUGGAGAGUUUAGAAACAGCAAACAGCAUAGUUGACCGCGUGACUAUUUUUUCCCGCCUUUUUUACUUUGGCCGUUUACGGUGUGAAGGUGAGGGCUUCCACGUUCAUGAAAAACGCGAGAGAAAAUUAACUUCGCUACUAUCGUUCUCGGAUACUGUAAUUAUCGUGUGAGCUUUUUGUCGUUUUCUUGAUGCUGAAUUCCCUUUUUAAGUGAAUACGCGUUCUUUCAAUCAAUCUCGCGAUUAUUCGACGUUCUAGUUGCCGUCGCCGUCGUGUCAUCUUAAACUCCCCACUAUUUCUUUCGCAGCAUCAGCAUAUAUCGCUGGCAGCUCAGGCGUCCCCGGAAGCGUCAGCCGCACCGUACAAAGCGGGAGCACAUUUUUACACAGUCUUAUCAAGCUGACCAAUAAAACAAACAGCAAGCUUCAAAAUUUCUCCAGCCCAGAACUGGAGACUAAUCUUGCUGUGCUCAGGGCCAUAUUUAAUCUGUUGAGUAACUUGGCCUUAAGUGCUGAAUGCAGAGGAGUCAUGUGGAAGGUAGGAUGUUGGGCAUAUCACGUAAAUAUAUUUACUUACACCGCAUGACGCGGCACAUGGCUAUUCCAAUUAAACUAAAGACGCACAUGCGCGCCUCUCUUUCUAUGGUCCUAAGCACUUGCUGGUAUUUUUCCUUUGCGUGCUGCGUAUAUUAAUCUUUUGCUUUAAUAAUAGAAAUAGUAAUACAGUCAUCGCUCGCCUUGCGGACACCUCGCUAUAACGGACACCCUGAUAGCAAUUUUUUUUUUGGCUGAAAAUUUGCUUCAGCCAAUCAGAAGCACUACCGAGAUCUGGGCAGUGACGUGCCGUCAGUGUAGAAUUUCUGCUGUUCCUCAGACGUCAUUUCACGGGGAAACCACUGGUGGCGCCGCAAAAAUGUCGGCUGUUUUUAUUUUCAGGCUAGUUCAUUGACUAAUGGCAAGAAUGAUUGCUUCAUUUACUGAUUGAAGAAAUUGUCUUGUUCAAAUACUCUGCAGACAAACUUUCUCCAGCCGUUCUCCUCUUUGAAGCCUCUCACAAGUGGAACCCACCCCAAGCAGAGAUCAGUGACCCGAAGCGUGACCCUCUGUUGGCUCAGCUUGCUGGUGAACGUAACAUUCUUCACAGAUGGGCAACAGGGUGUGGUCAAGACUCCUGGGGUAGUGGAGGUGCUUUUAGAACUGAGUGGAGCCCAGAACAAGCAGUUACAAGAGAAGGCCAUACUUGUGCUGAGGAAUUUGUGCUUUCAUGGGGCCAGCAAACCUGUUCUUUUGGUGAACGGUAAGGGAAGACAUAAGACAAGUUGCAAACUACGGGAAAAAAAUUAUGUACAGUCUGGCUUUUGUACCUCGUUGUCAGGGCACUUUCCCGAUGAUGGGAUGGAGGGGUCUGGUCACUACUUUUAAGUCCUCCGGAAUAGCGGGAGUAUUAAAGUACUACCGCUAGCCCGGAGGAUUCUUUUUAAAGUUACUUAACAAACUCUGCCUUCAAGCGGAAGUAGUAACAACUUUAAUCUCGUGACUUAAAAAUGAAACUUGUGCUGCACAUUGCCUUUCUACCAUGGCCUGUUGGGAGUUUGGUAAAUUGGUGAACAAACUUAUGUUUUUAUCACUUGAUACAAGAGACGACUAUUUCAAAACAGUAUCCUUUAUGAGGUGAACGUCACACGUGCUGCACUUAUCAUGACAGCAAGGGUCUACGAAGUAUAAACUAAUUUGUAACGACUUGGAAGGGUGGAAAGUGUUGGUUAACCGGUGGACCCCCAUAACAAGAAUUCCUUGAUUCGAUUUUUGUUUAGCAGUUGAACACAAGGUAUUUGCAAAAUUUGUCGUUAAACUAACCUUUCUUUUUCAUGUUUGUUUUUAGAGAAACUUCUUUCUCUUCUCGUUGAUUUUACCACUGACAGCUCCAUUUAUCUCAGAGCCUUAUGUUUGUCUGCCUUGUGCUCUCUGGUGCACAACUGCCAAAAGGUAACUUUGUCGCAAUGCUUUCUCGUGGUAUACCUCGAAAAUUCCUCGAGUGAUUCGCUGUAGUAGCAAAGUUUUGUACACAUCAUAAGUUCAGACGAAGUUCUCGUCUGUGCUCAUGUUGUAAUGCCGAUGUUAUUCAAGAUAUUUCACUUUUUGUUAGUGGAUUGUUUUGUCUUUUUUGUUUUGUUGCCCCCAGGCCAAAGUUUCAUUGAAGAAGACGGGAAUAGUAAAGAAACUUGAAGAAAUAAAGUUGCUAACAGGUUUGUCACAUGAUAACAUCUUAAUUCGAGUCCGUAAUAUAGUUAUGAAUGGCAUAUAUUAACAUAAAUUAUAAUAGAGACUUCGAGGCUAUGUUCACACUAUACCGUGUAGUAAUAUUGAUUUAACAUUGUCAUUAUUGUUGUUUCAGGAGGUGAACAAGCGAGCAUAGAAGAGAAAUACAGCAAAACUUGCUAUGAUAGUGUAAAUACUUUACAAAAAAUGUUCUCCGAGCAAAGAUGACACUGUACUCAACAUAUCAGUUCUCAUAUUUAUUCGGUGUGUAAAUAAUUAUGUACAGAGCGUUAAGGUGUUUUCUCGUAUGACCAUCUGCCGUUUUCCCCCAUAAUAAAAAAGAAAAAUAUAUUUGGAAUAGAGACUAGAAAGUGGUCAAAACGCAAGAUACAAUGGGCUACUUCCGAGUUCCAAAACCCCUCACUUUCAAAAUGAGGCCAAGUGUACAGCCUUGCUUGUUAAAAUGAGUUUUAUUUGCAUGAGAAUGAAAAAUCAUUUCCAUAUCAAAGGAUGAGCACCUAACCUCGUUUUGAUACAGAGGCCCGGGGAAACUCGGAAAUAGUCAACGCCGUUUAUUUCCGACACAGUAGGGACCUUGAGUUAGUGUCCUCAUUAGCGAGAGU